UGGGUCGUUGACCCAGCGUUUUGUGUUUUAUGAUUAUUUUCCUUUGUUCUAGUUAUUCUGAUUUUGGUAUUAAUUCUUGUGCUUGAGUGUUGUAUCAGCCCUACCUGAGCCUGUCCUCUGUGCUCUCUUCGGGUCCUUGAGUUUUGUGUUGUAAAGCUAGCCCUGUCAUCUAUGCAGUCUCCGUCUUCACCGACUCCCUCUGUACAGGAGGCUGUGUCUGUGCCUCCCAUUUUGGAUUCUUUUUCUAGUAUGGAUUUUUUGCAGAGAGACAAACACGUUAAAAAUGUAAUCGUUCCUCAACUGCUGGCUAGUUUAGAGACUGUUACUUGCUAUAGGGCCUCACCAGAGGUUAACUUACAGCCCUCAGCUGACUCUGGACCCCUGGAGACUGAAAACCCAGCUGAGGACUACACCCGGCUGUCGCUGCCUGAGCAGGGUCGGUGCUCCGCGCAGCUGCAGUCUGUUCUGUGUUUGCCAGAGGCCCGUGUGUCUGCUGGUCCUGUUCUGUCCCUGCCAGAGGCCCAUGUGCCUACUGGUUCUGCCCUGUGUUAUCCAGAGGCCCACGUGCCUGCUGGUUCAGCCCUGCGCGUGCCAGGGGCCCCUGCGCCCACUGGUUUUUGGACUGUUUUUGCUGGGGGGCCCGAGGAGCCUGUCCAGCCACCAGCUGUUCCAGGAGCAGCUUCAUCCAUGCCACCUGCAGCAGCAGCAACAGCUUCAUCCAUGCUGCCUGCAGCAGUCUCCUCAUCCACGCCUGCAGCCGCAGCUUCAUCCAUGCCUGCAGCCGCGCCUUCAUCCUCGCCACCAGCGGCCUCCGCACCUUCAUCCUCGCCUCCAGCGGCCUCCGAGCCUUCAUCCUCGCCGCCUGCGGCCUCCGAGCCUUCAUCCUCGCCGCCUGCGGCCUCCGAGCCUUCAUCCUCUCUGCCAGCGGCCUCCGAGCCUUCAUCCUCGCCGCCUGCGGCCUCCGAGCCUUCAUCCUCGCCGCCAGCGGCCUCCGAGCCUUCAUCCUCGCCGCCUGCGGCCUCCGAGCCUUCAUCCUCGCCGCCUGCGGCCUCCGAGCCUUCAUCCUAGCCGCCUGCGGCCUCUGCAUCUGUUCCUGCCUCGCCGCCUGCCGCCUCAGCAUCUGUUCCUGCCUCCGAGUCAGCUUCAUUCACGCCUAGUCCUGCCUCGGCUGGUCCUGCAGUAGCAACACUGCUGUCAGAGCCAGCUCAACCUGCGCCUCCUCGCCUUUGUUGGCCGCUUUCCAGGCCUCUGAGUCGGCAUCAUGGCCGUCGAGGGCGGCCCCCUGAACUGUUUGCCCGUCGCCACCACUGCCUUCCACAUGGUCGGCCUCCGGAGACAAACAAACAAACAAACUUACAAACUUACCGUCUGAUUGGGGUCUGGAAUGUGGGGACUCCCUGCUGCCGAGUCUGGGCGGUCUGCUUCUCCCCACCGCAGG